AUGGCUAUAGCUGCCAAACCUGAAAUCCCUCCGUGGGUUCCACCUUCCGAAACCAAGGAAAAUUUGGACUGGGCUUCGUUGAGGACGCUGGAUCUAUCCAAGCUAGACUCUGAUGAUCCAAAAGAUGUUGAAAAGCUCUUAGAAGAUACUAAAUACGCGAUCAAGAACGAUGGUUUCUUGUAUCUGACCAACUAUGGUAUAUCCUUGGAGAAGCUCCACAGGCAGUUCGCCAUCGCUCAGUACCUCUUGGAUGGUAAUGUCAUAACGGAAGAGGAGAAGAAACAAUUGGAGAUCCAACAACACACUGGAUCAUAUGCAGGAUACAAACCAAUGAAGGGCUGGGGAGCUGGUAACGGAUCGUACGAUGGUAUCGAGAAUUUCACCUUCUAUUCUCCUCAAAUGGAGAACCCAGAUCUUAGACCAAGAGCCUUAGAGCCUUUCAUGGACGAAGUCAAGGACUUCUGGACUUACGCCCAUGACAAUGUCAAUCGACGACUCCUCAAGCUUCUAUCUCGUGUAUUGGAAUUGCCGGAUGAUUACCUCUGGGAAAACGUACAAUCACAUGAGGGAGAAGUAUGCGCAGAAGGGUACUUCAGGUUCGUAUGCUAUAGACCGAUGGAAGAAGGCCAAGAAGGAGCCAGUAUGAGGAUCCACGGUUCUGAUUAUGAUCCCGCUCGCAUCACUCCGGCUGACGACCACAUAGAUAUCGGUACAACCACUCUCCUCUUCUCCGUUCCCAUAACUGCUCUUCAGGUCUGGAACUCCAAGGCGGAGAAAUGGCAAUGGGUGAAGUACAAACCUGGAGCUUUGGUAAUCAACUUGGGGGAGUCCCUGGAGAUUCUGACUGGUGGUCACUUUCUCGCUACAAAGCAUCGAGUGGUCGCACCACCCAAGGACCAGCAGCAUCUCCCUCGAUUGUCAUGUGCGAUGUUUUGCUCAGCGAGGGGAGAUCUGAAAGUUAGUCCUCUACAAGACUCACCACUGAUUCAGCGAGAAGGACUGCUUAAGAAGGGAGUGUACGGAGAGUUUGCCAAGUUAUCGGAUGCUGGAUUGGAUGUACCCGAUCACGACACUUGGCGAAAGGCUCGUCGAGCUUACGCUCAACAAGGCCCAGCCAAGCAAGUCACUAUCGAAGGCGUCAGAUACUCGGAAGAGGUAUUCAACGAUAUUAAAGUCUAUGUCCCCGUAUAG